AUGACUGCCAUUUUAAAUUACUCGCCACAUCAGUCGACAAUUUCCCGUUGGUAUGGAGAAUUCAAACGUGGAAGGUGGGUGCACGAAAAAUGGCAAGAACACAAUAGACAUGUGACAUGUCGCGAGGUUGAGGCGUCCUUGAAGAUCUCAAAGACCUCAAUUCAAAAAAUUUUACAUGAAGAAUUAGGAGUAAGAAAAUUAGUUUCUCGUUGGAUACCCCACCUGUUGACUGAAGAGCAGAAAGCAGCCAGGGUUAAUUGGUGUCAAAAAACGCUUGACCGUUUCAAUUCCGGAAUCUCAAAACAUGUGUACAGCAUUGUUAGUGGUGAUGAAUCAAUCAUCCUCCACCAAGACAAUGCAAGCUCGCACACAGCCCAAAAAAUAAGGCAGUAUUUAACAGAAGAAAACGUGGAAUUAUUGGACCAUCCUUCAUAUAGUCCCGAUCUAAGACCUAAAGAUUUCUCUAUUUUCCCGAAAAUUAGAAACAAACUGCGUGGUCAAAGGUUCCAGUCACCAGAAGAAGCAGUUGACGCAUUAAAAAAUGCCGUUUUGGAUCUACCAGCAAACGAGUGGAAUAAGUGCUUCGAAAAUUGGUUCGAGCGCAUGCAAAUAUGUAUUAAUCUUCGUGGAGAAUACUUCGAAAAACAAUAA